UUCCGGCCCACGUGCGGCCGAGGGCGCGUGGCGGGUCUCUGGUCACCUCUUACCAGGUCCCGGUAGGUGUACCGUUUCCGUCGCGCCACCGCCUUCUCGGCCAUGGGGGUCUCCAAGAGGAAGGCCCCGAGCGGCCAGGGUGACGUGGCUUCCUCCGCGGGUGCAGCCAAGCGGGCCCGCAGAGAAGAGCUCACGGGCGUGCUGUUCAAGGCCCAGCUGAGGGAACCUCAAGGCCUCGGGCCAGCCUUGGAAGCGUUUGUCUCUGCUGCCAAGAAGUUACCACGAGAAAACAUGUAUGAUGUUGUGGAAGGAUAUAUCAAGAUUUCUGUUGAGUGUGCAGAAAUUUUCCAGCUCCUGAGUGGAGAGAAGCGACCUGAAAGUGAAAUGAUAUUAAUAUUUCAAGUUUUUGAGGCCAUAUUAUUGCGGACAGCAAGUGAUCUUUCACAUUUUCGUGUUGUGGGAACCAACAUUGUGAAAAAACUGAUGAACAACCACAUGAGGCUCAUCUGUGAGUCCCUAUACGCCUCGGGUUACAGGUUGGCUCGGGCCUGUCUGAAUCUGAUGGCUGCUUUGGUGACCCAGGGUCCUGAAGCCGCCAGGGACGUCUGCAGCCAUUUUGAUUUAAAUAAAAAGACCUUGUACACCCUGGUGACCAAGAGAGAUACGAAGGGAGUGCACGACGUCCGCCUGGCCUACAUUCAGUUUGCCCUUUCCUUUUUAAUUGCUGGUGAUGACAGCACGAUAGUACAAGUGUUGGAACUGAAAGAAUUUAUUCCUUGCAUUUUUAGCUCAGGCAUAAAGGAAGAUAGGAUUUCUACCAUCAAUAUUUUGUUAUCUACACUGAAAACAAAGGUAGUUCACAAUAAAAAUAUUACAAAGACCCAGAAGGUGCAUUUCUUUACGGGGCAGUUACUGAACCACAUAGCAUCCCUCUACAGCUGGAAUGGGAUUACUGAUGUGAACCCGGAAAACAGCCAGGUUUCUACAAAAGAAGCAGGAAAAGCAAUGGUGAGGGAACUCGUUCAUAAUUUCCUGAUGGAUCUUUGCUGUUCACUUAAGCAUGGGAUUAAUUUUUAUGAUGCAUCUUUUGGUACCUUCGGCAGAGGUGGAAACCUGACACUCUUACAUUUCUUGCUGGGUUUGAAAACUGCAGCAGAUGAUGAGCUGGUGGCCGACCUUGUGGUGAACAUCCUCAAAGUGUGCCCUGACUUACUGAACAAAUAUUUCAAGGAAGUAAUGUUUUCCUUUCUCCCACGAGUGAAGUCCACUUGGUUAAAUAAUAUCAAACUACUAAACAAGAUCUAUGAGGCCCAGCCAGAGAUUUCCCGGGCGUUUCAGACCAGAGAAUUUAUCCCCUUGCCUCGGCUCCUAGCGAUGGUGAUGGUGACCACUGUGCCCCUGGUGUGCAAUAAGAUCAUGUUCACUCAGGCAUUAAAUCUGGACAGCAAGGCGGUGAGGGACAUGGCUUUGUCCCUUAUUUCCUUCAUUUUGAAGAGAGCAUUAAAAACUGUUGACCACUGCUUGAAUAAAGAGGCCUGGCAAGACUCAGGCGUGUACACGACUGGAAUGAUGGAGGAAUUUGUGCAGUUAUUCAGAGAAGCCCUGAGCAAGAUUUUGCCAGACCUAAACACUAUCGUGUGGGUCUGGCAAUCACUUAAAAAGCAAGAAACCAAACAAGAUGACGAGAAAGGGAAGAAAAGAGGUGACAAGCCACUGGCUGCCCAUGAGACCCAGCUGUGCGAUGAUGCAGAAACCAUUCUUUUGAAAGCUGUUCUGCUCCAGGUCAUAUGCCUCUACCAGAAGGUAGUCCCCCAUGUCAUCCUACAGUACAACUUUGACUUCAGCAAGCUCCUGAAAGGCGUCAUCUCUGAGCCGGGCCUCCACAAGGAGGUGCCGCCCAUCUUGCAGCACCACAUGCUGAAGGUGGCCCUGGAGCUGCCGGCCAACAAGUUUCUGUGGUUAAAGGCACAGGAAGGCCCAGAUGCAGAAAUUAUUGGAGGUGAACGAUCAGUGUUUUACUUAUUGAUGAAAAUGUUUGUGACCAGUAGCCAUUUACAACUGAAGUCAUCAACCAAACUUCUGAUCAUGAAGAUUCUACGGGAUACGGGGGUGUUUGAGCACACCUGGAAGGAGCUGGAACUCUGGCUGGAGCACUUAGAUAACACUGUGGAAGAGAAUAGAGAGACCGUGAUUCAGUUUCUGGAACGCAUUUUGUUGACAUUGGUGGCACAUCCUUAUACAUACACAGACAAAGCAUCUGACUUUGUCCAGGAAGCGAGCACACUGCAGGCUGCUGUGAUGAAGCAGGAUGCUGACGAUGUCAGCAUUCCCAUUUCCCACAUUGAUGAUGUUCUCGACAUGGUGGACGUCCUGGUGGAGGGCACCGAAGGCUUGGAUGAGGAAAUCGGGUUCUUAUUAAAUGAAGACAUGAUCCUACUCACGUUCCCAUUUAGUGCUGUGGUCCCUGCGGCCCUGGAAGCCAGGAAUAAGUUGCUACUUGGGACAGAAAAUGAAGCAGUGGAAAGCAUCGUGGCAUAUCUGACAGCAGUGCUGACCGACCUCCUCCACACUCAGAGGGACCCCCUGGCUCUAUGUCUCCUGCUCCAGGCUUAUGACAAAUUUGAGCCUCCAUACCCACCUUGCUGCCAUCAGCUUUCCCGGUUUAACAGAUACUACAGCCUCUGGAUCCCAGAACAAGCCCGAGAGGCCUGGGUGAGUCAUGGCUGUGGCGGCCUCUCGUCUUCUGCUCCUUCCUCCGCCUCUUCCUUCACCACCCUGCUGCAGGUGGCCUAUGAGAGCCAAGCCCUCCGGGACGAGGGUGUCCAGGUGCAGCUGCAGGCUGCUGUCCCACAACUCCCCAUGCCCCAGGUCCUGCGUGCAGUGAAGCAGGUGCUGCUCUACCUCAGGAGCACCGUGGAGAACUUCAGCAAGCUGGGCAAAAGUGUGGGCCUGCCUCUCCUGCAGCUCUUCUUGGAGUUCCUCAGACUCCUGGUUCUCCAUUGUGAGCAGCUCGAUAUCCAGAACCGGCAGAAAUGUGAGGCUGCCCAGGCCGAAUCUGACCUCUUUCUGGACAUGGAGUCUGUGGCUUCACUGGAGUUGGCCAGUGACCAGACACUGGAGGAGGUGCUCGUGGCCGUCCUCAGGCACCCCACACUGGAGAGCUGGUUCCUGGCCCUGGAGCGGCAGGCCCUCCCCCCGCACACCCUCAGCCCCAUCCUCGUGAAGCUCCUGGCCACCCACAUUAGUGCAGGGGUCCUUCAACUGCUGAUGGUGAUCGCCCCGAUCCUCCAGAACAUCGAUCAGCUGGGCCUUCUGGCCAGGUACUCAGAGGCCAUCACCCAAAGCAUGUUAAUAGAGCUGCGAACCAGGAAGGCAGGCUCAGCCACAUCGCCACCAAGGACCCCGCCACAGCUGGAGGCCUUGCAGGAGCUACAUAUGUACAUGGAGGGCACUCAGCUCCGUGAGGUCACCCUGGCCCUGCUGAGCCUACCUGAGGCCCACUUGGUGACCCAGCGAUCCACCAAGGCCCCCAGGAAAGAGAGACAGCUGAACCCCCUCGGGAAGACGCUGGUGCAGUUGCUGACCAGCAGCCCCCAGGAUCAGCUGCAGAGUGGCGAGCUUUUGUGGUCCUCCGAGUACGUGAGAGGCCUGGGAGCUCUGCUGCCUGCACUGGCUGUGGGUGAGCUGGACACCGUGCUCCUCCACACUCUGCAAAGAGACCCUGUGCUGGCCCCCGCAGUUAGGGCUGACCUGCUUGACUACUGCCUGGCCCAGCGCACGCAGGCAGCCCUCGGUGUCGCCUCCCUGCUCCUCCAGCAGAGCUGCACCCAUCUCCUGUGGUUUGAGCAUUGGUGCCUGCAGGCUGGCCCGGGACUUGACUUGCAGGGGGACCUGGACGACUUCCUCCCCCUUGUCCACGUGUAUCUCCAGUACAGGAUGCAGGGCCAUUUCACUCGCCCAGCAGGAGUGUCCUCCACUGUCAUUCCUGUCUUGAGGAAGGCCCUGUGGAGACAGCUGCAGAACAAGCUUCUCAGUGCUGAUGGUCCCCCAGAGUCUGGGCUGCAUCAGGAGAUCCUGGCCCAGCUGGUCCCGUUUGCAAGAACCAAAGAUCUCCGUGUCCUCAUGGACUGCUUGCCCAGCUUGCUUCAGACUCCAAGCAGUCACAAGAGGUGGAUGGUGGCAGAUUCUGUUUCAGCAGCUCUGGAAGGGUCAGCAGAAGAACUGUGUGCCUGGAGAAGGAACCUUCUGGAGUCCUGUAUCAAGUGGCUGAUUGGGUCUUUCAGUGGUGGCCAGCAAGACAGUGACCAUAAUCAACUUCAGGAGAAGCAAAUGCUGCUCAGAUUAAACGAGUUGUUGCAUGCACUUAAUGAAGUUGAUCCUGGUGAUUGGCAGAAAUUUGUGAAGACAGGACUCAAAUUUCGGUACCAGGACCACACAUUUUUAAAGACCCUUCACACUGCCAUACAGCUCCUGUAUCACCCAGAAAGCUCCGUGCGCACGAAGCUCACGCAGCUCCCAGUAGUCCAUAUGAUGCUCACCCAGCACUCUCUAUUUUUGCCAACUCUCCUGAAGUCUGAAGAGGAGGAAAGCCUGGACAGUCAAGUGAAAGAAGUGCUGGUGGACCUGAUGUCGACAGUGGUGAAGAUGUGCCCCUCUGUCUGUGAGAACAGCCACUUUGCAGUGCUUCUCGGGGCCUACAGCGCCACUCUCAGCGUCUUGGACCAGAAGAUUUUACUUUUGCUUCGAGAGUAUGAGCAGAACAAGCUCAGCCUCAUCAACUUCAGGGUGCUGCUGUGGGGCCCGGCGGCCGUGGAGCAUCACAAAACGUGUCGGAGCCUGGGCAAGUCGCUGUGGCAGCAGCCGAGUGUCGGGGACAUCCUCCGCCUGCUGGAUCGGGACCGAAUGAUGCAUACCAUCUUGCACUUCCCUCAGAAGCGGAGGCUGCUACCCCCUGAGGACACACAGGAGCCAAUAUUCAGAGACAAGAGCAUGGUGGAUCUUGACGGCCUAUAUGACCCCUGCUUUCUCCUUCAACUCUUCAGUGAAUUGACCAGGCCAGAGUUUGUGGUAGAUUGCCGAAAAUUUUUGGAUUCAAAUGCUCUUGGCCUAACCGUAGCAGCCCUCAGCAGCUAUGACCCACAGAUGCGAGCCACGGCCUACCACGUCCUGGCAGCCUACUACUCGCACUUGGAAGGAGCGCGGUUCCGAGAACAGUCUCAGCUACUUUACCUGUUGGAUGUAGUCCGAAAUGGGAUUCGAACUAAGAACAUGAGACUCACUUUUACCUUGUCUCUCUUCAUUGCCAAAGCAGCCCUACAGAUUUUGAAACCAGAGGAGCACAUGUAUUUGAAGAUCAGCAAGUUCCUGUUGUCACACGAGUACUUGAAUAUGGACAAAGUGCCGGGCUUCUACCAGUUCUUCUACAGCUCAGACUUUGAGCAAAAAGUCGAGCAGGAGUGGGUGUUUGGUGUCCUGCGGCAGGGAAUCCGUGACAAACACUGCUACGAGCUGUAUGCCCGGCGAGGCAUCUUCCACAUCAUCCUGUCCUUCUUCUACAGCCCGCUGUGUGACCAAGUGGCACAGAAUUGGAUUCUGGAAAUUCUACAGAAUGCUGCCCAGGUUGCCAAAUCUGCCUAUGAAAUCAUACGGGACUACAGCCUUUUAACAUGGAUUUUGCACAUCCUUGAGAGCAAAUUUUUGGAGACUCCACUGCUGUCUAAAGUGAUCUCCUUGCUGCACACACUGUGGUUGACCAACCUGGGGGACAAGGGCGUGGAGCGGGAGAGCCAGUCUCCUUGCCAGCCUGGCUCCCAGGAGCCCCCCAAGCUGCUUGCCCUGCACUUGGUCAACGAAUUCUUCUAUGUUCUUGUCGUACUCAUGAAGCACCUGAGGCCCACCUUGGCCUCUGCCCAGCUGAUUGCCUUCUUCAAGACACUUGACUCUGUGCUGAGAUACCGGGCCACCGUCAUACAGGCCUUCAAGGACAUGGACCGAUUCACUGUGAAUGAGACAGUGCUUUCCACCAAGGACGUCCUUGUCCUCUUGCAUAAAUGGAGCCUCAUUGAAAGAGACCUCAGACUCCAAGAAGAUCUGACAGCAGCCAUUGAGAAAUGCCAGGCCAAGGAGCUAAUAAAAAUGCUCAAGGAUAAGAACAAGCCUUUCAUGCCACCCCGAGCCAAAGGCCCACGGAACCGAAAGAGGAGGCCUGGGGAAGCGGAGAUGAUGGCUGACCCUGAGCUAGAGGCUUCUACCUUGGAGGCAUGCAGGGGCCUCCUGAGGUCCAUACUGACCCACUGGGGGCCAGUGUUCCCCAGCCCUGAGUCCUCUCAGAAGUCCACAGACUCUGCCAGCUCUGAGAGUGAUGCGCCAGGCCCUGUAUGUGCAGCCGCUUCCCUGACAGUCAGCUGGGUGCUGCGGUCAGUAGCUGAGUGUCUGCUUAGCAGGACAGAGGCUGCAGGACUCCUUGGCUGGCUUAAAAGCCACAUUUUGCCAUACCCAGUAGUCGUGGCUGACCUUCUUAAGGACAGUGCCGUGAGGAGCAGCAUAUUUAAGCUGUAUAGCCAACUCUGUGGUGCCGAGAGACUGUCAGGGCCCUCGCAGGGUGUGGCCUGCCUGUUCAACACGGUCAUGCUGCAGCUGCUGGCUGCCCAGGGUUGGGCAGGGAGCCCCCUCCACCAGGCAGUGGAAGCGCUCUGCCUUUCUUCUCUGAGUGAGAAGGAUGAAGCCACGCGAGCCUCUGCAGCGUUCCUGGUGUCUCUCUACAUUAAGGACAUCUGGCUGGGAGCUCAGCAGCCAGACACCCUCUUAGCCCAUGUCCAAAUGGUCUGUGAGGCUGCAGACAGUACACCAAGUGGUAAAGAGGAGGCCAUCGCUGCACUCUGCAAGGACGUCGCCACCACAGCCUCAGAUGCUGGACUCCUCCCAGCCUGAUGACCAGUGCCUCCAGCACCAGUUCUAGAAGUUUGGUUGAGUUGAGCGUUUCCAGUGAAGGCAUGUGAAAUGACAGGCUCAGUACAUCGGCUCAGUUCUCUGACAAGGAAAGCUGAGAGGACUCUAUUUGUCCAGUAAAUAAUAAAUGCAGGGGUCUAUGUAUACCAAGUCAUCAGAGUCGCAGUAAGCAAGGGGACUUCCAGGCCACAAGGCUCAUCAUCAAGCCUUCAGUUAGGUGAGUCCCUUCCUCUCUGGGGCCUUGUCAUUCUUUCAAGGAAAUAGAGCUCAAGGAGAGCUGACACUCACGAAUAUGAAGGGGACUUGUGGACAUCAAAGCUGAAGUGUCAAAAGAUAUGGCAGAUAUUUUGUGAUGAGUGUGAAGAGAGAUGUAAAGUUUUUGUUUUCCUAUGAAAGGUUGUAAUGGUGUUUAAUUAUGGCUUUUAAAAUUAGUCUGCUAGUGUUUGUUAAUUAUUCUAUAAAAUAAAAAAUGUUACACUAAAUCCUUAAAGUAUAAAGAUUAUUUGACCUCUGCUCUGGGAAGAUAACCUACUUUUUUAAAAUGUUUCAAAGAGGGGGUUUUGAAUUUUGUAAUCUUUUUAAAAUAAAUGUUUACUUUUGUAA